GCUACGUCCUUUCUCUUUCUCCGCCAUCUUGGGGCCAACGGUUGACUGGUGCGAGUGGUUGAGAGGUUCGUGUAGCUGGCUUUCCUUCGAUAUGUCUUCUCACAAGCUCUUCAGGAUCAAGAGGUUCCUGGCCAAGAAACAAAAGCAGAACCGGCCCGUUCCUCAGUGGAUUUGGAUGAAGACUGGUAAUAAAAUCAGUUACAACGCCAAGAGGAGACACUGGAGAAGAACCAAGCUGGGUCUGUGAAGAAUCGCACAAGAGGUGGCUCACGUCUUUACCCUGCGUCCAGACUGCUUGCAUCUUACCGCGUCCCUGAGAAGACCACUACUAUCUGGACAGUUGAUCGUGUUUUAUUGGGAAAUUGCUGGAAGAAUGAGAUUUUUCUCUUUGUUAAUAUUUUUCUGCACCAGGAAGUUGGCUUAGUAAUAAAUACGUGAGACCUUUAAAAAAAAAGUGUGGUGUCAUAGAAGUCA